UCCUGACCCCUGGGCCUGUGGGUAUAUCUGCACAGCAGUCUGUCCUGUUGGCAACUUCUCCUGAGUAGACUGGCUUGUUGACUGGACAUAUCUUCAAACCCCCUGCGACCAGUUAUACCUGCACAAGUUCCGACAACACCAGAACUUGAAGAGACAUUUCUUUUUUCUUUCUUUUCUAUCCGUCACUCGGGAUUUAAUAUUAGUCGGCAUUGUGGAGCAUUUUUCUUAAUCGUAAUCAGUGACCCAAAUUUGGUCACAAUCUCCACCGAUUAUGGCUAGCAUGUCGAUUCCUCUCCGCGUUGAUAACAUUCACGAGCUUUUAUCGUCAUUGUCUAUGCUUGUUUCGUGGAAAACACUGGCACUAUUCCUGACAAUCAUCAAUAUCAAAAAUCUUCCACUUUUCUGGCAUUUCCGAGUCUUGUAUUACUUUGUGACCAACUUGCGCUGGCGUGCCAGUGAUCCUUUGUUCCCUAAGGGAACCCCUAUCGCCUGCAUCAAGGGCAAACCCACUCAUCCAGUAUUCGUGCCAUACGGCAUCACAUCCCGCGCCCCAAUCCUGGAAACAGACUACAACUUCCACAAAUCCAACAGCACCUACUUUUCGGAUAUAGACAUAUCUCGCACAGCCCUAGUUAGCCGUCUCUACACCCCCGGCCUCGCAAUCAUCAGCAAAGAAGUCGACAAGGAACUCGCAGAAGCGGCCCUAAAAGAGGGCCGCAAACCGCCCGGGAAGAAGUCCAUCUACGUCGCCCUCGGCUCCGUGUAUUGCAGCUUCAAGCGUGAAAUUAAACCAUUCGAGCUCUUCGAGAUCCAGUCCAAGGUUAUCGCCUGGGACCAGAAGUGGGUGUUCAUCCUAACCUUCUUCCUCCGUCCUGCCGCCAAAAAGGGCGGAGAAAAGACCCUCCUCGCUACGGCGUUGAGUAAAUAUGUCGUCAAGAAGGGUCGAUUGAGUGUUCAACCUGAACGUGUGCUUCGCGCGAGUGGCUUUCUGCCUCCACGGCCCGACGGCUCAUCUGCCCCUGUGAACGGGGGACCGGAUUCGACUGAUGGAUCUGGAGUUGGGACGCCCGCAAAUGGCGAUGGCAUCACAGCCGGUGCGGGAGGUGUUGAUGGAUCUCUGGUUCGGGAGGUGUUGAAGAUGGAUGACGAGGAUAUGCCAGAGCAGGGGUCGUUGGAUGCGCAGAAGAAGGCCAACUCAGACUCGUGGAACGAGGGUGGAUGGACAUGGGAGAGAAUCGAACAGGAGAGAUUGAGGGGAAUUGAAGUCGUGGAGGGAUAUUCCGGCUUGGAUGCAAAGUUGCAUGAUGAAUGGCAGUAAUAGACUUGGGCUCCUUGCUUUGACUUGCCCUAUAUACAUACAAGGCGGGGGUAUCUUAGAGUUUUUUGAGACUAAAAUAAUAUAUGUUAAUCUAAUAAAUCGACCAUUCUCAUGACUUGUCAGUGACGCUUGAAAUUUCUUUCGUAGUAUUUUCAUUGGAGUACAGUUACCUAUCUACAUCACAGUGUACAUCAGCUCACAUCACAAUAGAGGACAUACAGGGGAAGGCUAAAUUCAAGAAUAAAUACAAACAUAUUCGCAAAAACACUUUAUAGAUCCAAAAAAGAUCAUAAAGUUAUGGGGCGCCGCUAG